UUUGAAGUUCACUCUCGACCGGCGACGGAUGCAAAUCGCUUUCUCAACCAAAAGCAGAAGUCGCCCGCCGGCCUGAGAGGAAGCCAGCACUUCUGUCUGCCAGUCGGUCCGAGCUCCAUCGAGCAGGAGCAGCGAUGGCCGAGGAGGUCAACUACGCCUCGGUGGUGUUCAAGGCCAACAAGCAAGCUCCACCCAAAGCUAAAAAAGAGGAGGAAACUGUGUACGACGAAGUGAAGAUGAAAAACGAAACAACCGAACAGACUGCCGACACCGACGAUGAGAAAGAAAACAACAAGCAGUGUCACUAUCAGAAGUUGGCUUGUUGUUUUGGGAUUCUUUGUGUCAUUCUGCUGGCCGGCCUCGUAGCAGUCUUUGUCGUCCUAGGUCUGAAUGCAACAUUAAGUGGUGAAAGAAACCAAACGACUCUGCUGGCUGAAAUUCAGAACCUGACAAACCAAAGAAACAAACUCAGCGUAGACAAUAACAACUUGACAAUGGAACGCAACAAUCUGACGGUCGAGUUGAGCAACCUGACAAAAGAAAAUAUUGUCUUAGAUAGCAAUAUCACAAACCUGACAACACGGAACCAGGAUCUGGAGAACCAGAAGAACAACUUGACACAACGAAUACAAGACAUGGAGACGAACUGGAAUGAGCAGAACAUCAGCAGAGCUCAGUGGAGCAUCUAUACCUACUGCAUUGAUAAUGACGCGAAACAGUGUAACUCUUGUAGGAAGGGCUGGUUACUCAACCAGACCAGCUGCUAUGCGGUUGUUAACCCUGACGAUCGUGGUCAGAAAACCUGGGAAGAAGCUCGAGAAGACUGCAGAGGAAAAAAUGCAGAUUUGUCUGUUGUACUUACUGAAAAGGAAAAGGACACAAUCAAUUAUUACAGCUGGGGAGACACUGGAUACUGGAUUGGCCUGAGAGCUGAAGGAGGGAAAUGGAAGUGGAUGGAUGGAACUGAGCUGGCUCAAACCUCCUGGAUAGGAGAUGCUACUGAAGGUCACUGUGCUGUUUCAAUCCAGGGUGAAAGAUGGAGCUCAGUGAGCUGUGGCGACCGACAACGAUGGAUCUGCAUACAGGACGCUUUAUCUCUUUGAACUUCUCACACUUCAUACUUGAGAAGGUUUCUGGAUUCUCUUGCAUGUAAUAUCACGUGGCUCAUAAAUAUCAAACUGUGUAGACUUCUACUUCACAACUAUGUUUUUAAAAGCUAAACAACUAUAUCUAUACUAAAACAUAUAUAUGUUGUAUGACGUAAACUAUUCUUCAAAGCAGACGCUGACCUUUAAAGUGUAUUAUUAGAUAACGGCCUGAAGGGGCUCUAAAGUGUUAAAUAUGAAUAAUAAUUUGUGUUUUCCUUCUGAUUUGUUAAGCACUGCUUAUGACUUAUAGAUCUGCAGAUUGAUGAAAGGCACCAACAAGCUCAGGUUCCUAUCUGUAGUUGUAUAUCGUUGCUACUCAUUAGCUGCAUCGCUUGUUCUCAGCAGGAUGUCCCAGAGUCUGUUUCCAUGAAGUGUUCAGAUCUUCACAUGUUUGACUUUACAGCUGAUGGCUGACGCCUUCGUCCAUCUGGAGGCAUCGAGUUCAUAUUUCAGUCUGUUGUCACCUGUGAAUAAAUGUGCUGCCACACGU